AGGACCUUCCAUCGAUGAAGUCACAUAUACCCGUUAUAGAUAUGCGUUCUCCGUGGAUGAGGCAUUUAACCGGUUUUAUGUCGUCAUAAUUAACCUCUUAUCUUCAAAGAUAGCUGUACGUUUGUAACAACAUGGCGGUCCUGAAAUGUCUGACGUCACUUCCUGCUCUAAUCCUACUGGUGCUCACAAUGACAGCAGCGUUUGACAUCAACGACCCGAAGACAAACAUAGACAGCCUUGUCCGAGUAAUAGGAUCCUCUAACUCGGAGGACGUGGGCGUACUUUACGGUAACGGAACAGUUUAUGGCCGCCAACCUUCGCAAAAGCUGAAAAAACUCUUCUAUUUUGAAGGGUUCAACGUCGGCCGGAAGGUCUACACCGGAAAUGGCUACCUCUCGCUCACGCGAGAAGUCUUCGUAUACCGAGACAUCAUAACAGGGGAGAUAAUCUACAUCUGGCACAACGUAUAUUCGCAGCAGAGCAACGAGAUUUUCCACGUCCAUAACGACCCUGUUGACAUGAACUUCACAUACGGAGUUGAGGUAGUCCCAACGGUUCGAUUCCCAGAACAGGAGUUUGGGUUUACUAGCGACAUUCUCUUGCAAUACCCGAACCUACUGGAUCCGGUUCAUUAUAAAGAAUUCUCGGCAGGUCCCCUCUAUCAAGCGGAUGAACUGUUCCAGUACUUCUCCGACUACGACGUGUUGACGACAACCAACAUCUCCUCCCUCAACAUGACGGGGGCGUGGUUUCGGCGUGCCCAGUACCUCCCCUGGAUGCAAAUGGGGGACACCCCGGGUCAUCUGUAUUACCAGACAAGCAACUGGAAGUGCCUCAAUGGCCUCAAAGAUCUAUCCGAAGACCUUUACCAGUUCGUCGAGUCCAAUUUCCCCGAGUUCUUUGAACCCCCAAAUGAAUUUGAUCCAAUUCCGGAGACAACAUGGCAAGUUAUCAAAGACGUCAUAGACAGCAGGAGAAAACAAGGCCUGCCAGACAUAAUUUUACCAACCGUCAAUAUUACAAAACGCGUGACCCCAAAGGCCAACAGCCUUGACCCAAGAGUCAAACCCCUGUUCACGAAAGACUGUACCAACGUAUUCUUCAACGGGAGUAUCUAUAGCGAAAUUACAGGUAGACAGUCCAUUGAACUCAUGAAACUCACAGGAACGUUCAGAGCAUCCGCGUUCAACUCUGUACUCCCAGACAUAUUCCUGAAUGUCAAAGUAUCGGGGGUCUUCCGUGAUCCCAUAACGCUGAAGGAACUGCAAUAUUUCCACAACCCUUUUACCAAUGCCACUGUCAGCGUACCAAAGUUUACAGGGGAGAGAGAAGGAAUUUUUAAGAAAGACGAUGUCUUCUCGAUAUCUGUUCCUCAUCUGGAGAAAGUGUCAGUACAGGCUAAGACAUCGCACACGACACAUCUUCCGGACAACGGUAGUGAAAUCUGGUCGGUAGACAUGCUAACGCUGUUCUUCAAAGAGUGCGACCUCGACAAACAGAACCCCUACUUUUACGGGACAUGGGCCCGCUUUACCAGCUGGUUAGACUGGAUGGGCAUGGAUGGUAUUGACGGGAACCUGGUAUGGCGAAUGAGCAUCAACAGAGUGACACCUCAGCCGGGUGACCCAACUUGCCAACAAUGAAGCCCUGUAUAUACAUCAGCGUAGCCGUUUCUGUGAUUUAAUGUGAUCUAAUGUCACGUUGACCCAACUUUUAAGACAUUCCGAGAUGGUCUUGAGUGCACAUGACAGAGACUCGCACAACUCAUCAUAUUUACGGACGGAAAUGUACCAGGUCCCGAUCCACAAACCGUUCGUAACGUUACGACCUGUCCUAACUCUAUAGUUUAGCAUAGGUUUACGAAUUGUGUGGCUCGGAACCCAGGUCUUGCAAGGUCAACAUAAUAUUAUAUAUUCAUUGAAUAGCUGUAUCGGUUUUUUAAAAUAAUUUUUAAUUAUAUUGUAAAAGUAUUUCGAAACAUCUUGUUAUUCGAUGUAUUUUUUUAUUCCAACAGUGACCUUACAGUUGAUGAAACUACUCAAACCAGGCUAAGGACCGAACUAUUAUUUCACAUUUCUGUCAUGGCAUGAAGGAAUGAUCCUUUACAUCUUUUGAAUUACCAUGUCAAAUAAUAUGUUUUCGAUAUUGCGUCACAAUAUAUCCAAUUCUGCUCUACCGGUGACAUAUAAAUGUAUUUCUUUUAUCAUUGUAGCUCAUAAUAUCGACCCUCCGCUUUUCCGGAACUAUGUUUAUCUCGAUGUGUUUUCGGUGUAUCAAAUAAGUGUGAUGUUGUUUAUGGUUGAAUUGUUGAUAACGCAUAAUGUUCGUAUUAAAAUCGUUCGUUUCAGCA